AACCGCUCUAAAACCUUAUUUAUUUGCCACUAUAUUUUUGGGGAUGGAAAGUUAUUUGCCGCUCUUUCUCCACCUUUCCAAGCUCGGCCGUUAGCAGUCUCCUCAGUUCCAGAAGAUUAGAAGAAGAGGAGGAGCUUGACCACUGAAUCGGUGAUGGUGGAAGUGUGGUGGUCCCUAUUGGGGGCUGCUAUCCCAGCUGUUAUUGCUGGGAACGCUUUUAGAAUGAAGAAUAGACAUGCUGAAGAGCAGAGGUUAAAGAGUGCCAGGGGUAGGGAAAAGAGCCCUGAUGACAUAUUUGUCUGUGAAAGGGUGUGUACAUCAAAGAGAAUGUUAAAAAAGGUUGGUGCCUUCUCAAAGGACCCAAUUCCUGAUACUUGUGUUACUGUCUGUGGUGUGUCUGAACUUGAUGCAUGUGCUGAUGCCUGCGCUCGCACUGUUUGUGUAAACCAACAUCAAGUGCCAAACUGGAAUGACGUCUGCUUAAGGAGAUGCCAGACAUGUCUUGAAUCCAUCAAAUGCAAGGUGCUAUCACAUGGUGUGUUGGAUAAGAACCAUUUAGGUGCAUUGUCAAGUUUUUUUAUGGGUGCCUUGCCUCGUUGACAUACAUAUCAGAGUAUAACUUCUCCAUCUCUCCCUUUGUGCGUGUGCGCAUGGACACAUGGUUAUGCACUUUUGAAGAUGUGAGUGAAUGGGUCAUCUUCAGACUUUUCUUUUCUUCAGAAUUACUUGCACAUUUCAAACCCUUGAACUAGACUGUUGCAUUCAUCCUGUUUCUGUUAGUUAGACCCAAAUUAAACCUUCUCUGCACUCAUUCUCCUUACCUUGAUCGUACAGCAUCUAAUUCUGUAUAAAUUCUGUUGUUUCCAUUGCUGUUAAUUGGAUUCAAGAAAGACUAUCUCUGCCUAUUUAAUGCCCUUUACCUCAGUCACAUCCUUUUUGGUGAUGAUA